AUGAUUCUCUCCUGGGCUGCGCGGGACGACUUUGCCUUCAUAUUCGGGCGAGCCCUUUUGGGUGCGGUUGGUUUCACUAUUCCGUUUGUUCUCAGCACGUUUGCGACGAUGCUUCUCACCGUGUGGAUACACUAUCUAGAGGAUGCAACGUUGCAGGCCACUCUUUCUGAAGUUGAGGCUACCGCUGACGCAUCCUCAGCACCAAUCUUGGCUUCUUUUCCAAGGGCGAAAAGAGGUGUCCAAGGAUAUGGCUCUCAAGGAAGAUGCGAUGCGGUAGCUCUAAUGAAGGAGAAGCUGGCUUAGAUGGUUGCACGCGUCGACUUCUGCCUGCCAUCCUCGAGUACUUUCCUGAUGCCGUAGAGUUGCGCCAGCGACGAUUAUCUGGACAAGACCAGAACGAGCCGACAUUAAGGGGCAACUAUUGAAUUUACAUCACGGACAUCCUCCUCCUUCGAAUGAAUUACAUCCCUUAUAAGACUCCUUUUUUCAACAAUUAGAUGCUCAACAGCUCUGCAGGAUGUAAUGCUGCAACGUCUAAUAGAGGAAGUACCCUCAGCAAGGGCAAUGGGAGUAACAAGCGAAGGACGUAGUUUUCUACGACGCCGAGAGCAGAAUGAUAGCGACGAAGAGGUGGCCGUUGAUGACGAUAAUCACAGAAGGGACCGUGGACCUACGUCUUCUACUCCCUCUCAAUUAGGCGAGGCAAUCUCCCACGUCGUUGAUGUUAUAACAGAGGCUUCUCGCUCUCAAUCUGCAGGUGUAGGAAAUGAAGAUAUCUCUAGAGCCAUGAGGGCAUUUACGGAAAGCUCUGCGAGAACCUUGCAUGUGAUCAUAGACGCGUACAGACGUGAAAUCAGACAGUUACAGGCACGUUUGGGUGUGUCGGGAGAAGAUGAAGAGAGGGAAGAAGGAGAUGGAGACUCAAGUGGAGGGACACGAGCUACAGGAGCUACAGGUAGAUUUACAGUGUCUGGAGCUGGUAUAUUAAGGCUCAACUUUCAAUGGUCACCAUUGAGAUUGGGGUCACUGAGAUCGAAUAGGCGACCCCUUGGAAGGGAUCGAAGAGAAAACGAAGGGAAAGAAGGGGGUCUCUUCCGUUCAGAGUCACUGGCCAUUGAAUGCUGCGCUUUAAGUAUAGCUAGAAGAAAUGGGCCUGGAAGUAAUGGAGCCGUGAGCGAUGUCCUAGAGAAAGGCGAAAGGAGCGCUGCAUUCCCAUUGGGAGGCAGACUAUGGCUUUUGUAGACUUCUGUACGUUGUUAUUCACACUUUUCUGACUAGCAGUUUUCAUAAUAGUACCAAACAACUACAUCUACUAACUGUGUUGUUCGUUCCACCUUAUAUCCACUGAAGAAGCGGACGAUCAUGGGUACUUAAAUUCGUGCUCGUCCUGGUAGUGACCCCUUUUUUAUGCAUGUCUUCCAGUAUGAGUAACUCCUUGAAAUGUGAAAUACUCGAUCUCUCUAACACGACCUCCAUACGAGGAGCAACAAGCCCAGAGGCUUAGGGCUAGGGAUGAUGCUAUCAAGGCGCUUUUGGAUGGAGCGAAAUGUUUCAGGUCUGGAUGUCCAGUUGCAGGACAAGGGACAGCGUCUCCCGUUGCAAGUUCACCAUGCACACCAGCAUGCUCCAUGUCUUCACUCUCCGGCAAAGCAGCAUGUGGCACGAAUGCAUGCUCAUCUUCUCUACCAGCAUCGUUAUCAGCAGCUGCACCAGCUGCCGUCUUUGAAGGACCUAUACAUGCAUGCUCAGCAUCUCGUAAAGCAGACUCAGUAGCAAAAGGCAAAGCUCGUUUCGACAUGCUGGCCUCUAUCCUAGAAUCGCAAAGACUGGCAGAAUUGGCUUCCCUUCAACAAGGUUGUAAGAUUGCUGAUGGACGUCCCUUGAAAAAAACAAUCUUACCUCGUCCAGCACAUACAGAACCAGGAUCAUUACCUUGUAUGAAGAAAGGAAAAAGUGCACUCACACUCAAGGAAGUAGCUACUUUCCUACUUGAAUCCUAGCCAAUUUCUUGAGUGUCAGUGCACCUUUUCCUUUCUUCAUACAAGGUGAUAGUAUUACAGAAGCGUCAGGACCCUUGAAGUUUGCCAGGAGAGGCCGGCAAGAUUUCGAAGAUUUCGAGUCCCUUAUGAAGAGUAGUUUAUCACUAUCCCAUGUGGACUAUACUGAGUGAGAUCCUCCCUGAUCUGAAGGAGAAAAUAAAGGGGGAAGAGGGCAACUACUCACUCGACCAGGGAUAGUGAAAAGCUACCUCUAACUUUAGGAUGAUCCGAGUCUAUCAGAGUCAAUGCAGGGAAAUGCUUUUUCAGUACUUGUUGUUGCAGAAUUCUGGUGCGGAGGAGAGAGUGGGACACGAAGUAAGGGACGAGAUGGAGAAAGCAGUAGACGAAUUAGUGCACGGAAUGGAGAAAGUACUAGUAGACGAAAAAGUCGACGAGUUGUUGGUCGGUGAAGAAGCACUAGAUGGUGUAACGGAACAGUUGUCAAGGUGUUCUAUCGCCGACUGUUCUAUCGAAGAUAGUACUAACAAUAGUACUUGUGAUGUCAACGAGAGUGAAGUUGACGGAAGAGGCACAGUUGGCAAGCACGAUAUUGUGGCGGGUGAGACAAGCAACAGCAACGUGAGUGGCGGAGGCAACGAUGAUGACCAGAAGUCAAGCCUUAUGUUGAUGUCGGUAUUUCUAAAUUUGACAUACAACACAUAUGAAUUAUGUCCUCCUACGCCUGAUCUCAAUAGAAAUUUCUCAGGCACGUCUACGACCGUGAUGCAGUGGACCACGUUGAAGAUGUUAUAUUUUGCUUUUUCUUAUAAAUUUUCUACCCAGUGGUCGGGUUCGAAGUCGGCUGCCAUUUGGAUGAUCUUAUAAAUAAGGGGGUAAAUAAUUGAUUGAAAGGGUGGCAGCAUAUAGUCCUAACUCAAAAAAAAAUAAACCCUACGGUGGUCGCGAGUGACCAUAUGAGGGGCACACACACAUGACAUAUGCUUCCCCCCACCCACGCAAACAUCACAUCAUCUAUCUUCUUUCAUGCUUCCCGGUGCAUCACCUGGACCUCCUUACCCGUUGAAGAGGAAGAAGAGGGGAACAUCGUCCUCAGGAGCUGUACAAGCAGGUGAACUCGAACUGGACCACCAGCUUGAAACGAUGCUUGCGGAUGCGUUGCAUAUCGCGGGGUUUGUGGAGACGGAGGCUUGCGUUUUCGUCCAGGCCUUUCCGGAGUUUGAUGAGGACCUGAUUACCCUGCAGCUGAUGGCGAAGAUCGCGAGACAAGUUCGAAAAAAAUUCAUGACCUGACGAGAUGAUGACCUGACGAGAUUCUAAGGCUCUCGAGAUCAUGACCUGACGAGGAUGAUCCAUAACCUAAGUAAGCUAAGUAAUGAAUAAUGGCCUCAUAACCAUUAUCUGGUAUCGGUAUGUCAUGUCUGAGGCUCAUUUCUGUGGGGUCCCUCAUGAUCGUCAGCACAUCCGUUUGACUCUACAGAUUGGAGUUCAACCGGAUACGCCUUGCGUGAGAACGAGGCAAAGGCAUCCUAUCCGAUCCUAUCAACAUUCCUCCGCUUAUAUCUGAAGAAGUAGAGGGGAAGUGAGGGGUCUAUGCUUGUUUAUUAUGGGGUCUUGUGCUUGUUUAUUAUUGAUGCGUUCGCUUGAGCAGAAGUAUUUUUUACGAUGAAUCUGAGUCUGAGAUUGAAACCAAAGAAGUUGUGAUUAUAGUACUUGCAUAAAGAUAUUUUAUUAGUGAUUAUAAGUAGUUGCAUAAAGAAGUCAACUUGAUUUCAAAGGGAGUGAAACAAGAAAUGAAGCCUUUAUUUCGUCUCGCUGGUGGCCCAUGAUGGUCACUAGAGUGGAAUGGAGUGACUUACUCCUAGGUGCAGGCUUUUUUUGGAAUCGGCAUUCUAUCAACGCUAUAUUUUCGGACUUCUCACUUCUCUUCGCUAAGAUCUAACAACAUGCUUCCUAUCUAUUUCCACCAUCAUAGAUGUAGAUGAAGAUAUGAUGAUGAUACUGUAACAUAGAUCAAGUUGAAGAUAUCACCUCUGUAUCAACAUACAAGUGAAGUCCAACUACUCUUUUUUCGCGAAAUCCAUCCCUUUUUUUUAUGUCCUACGUCUGUCAUCCUCGAAUAUUAAAAAAUACGCCAAGAUGGAGUAGUGGUGUUUCGGAUGCGUCAGGCUCUGUGUUCGUGUGCUCAGCUACGAGUUCAACUAUUAGAAAUCUCGC